AUGGAGCUACUCCGACAAGCAUUUCCCCCGCCGCCGCUUCCGACGGCUAAUUUCACUGGGAAAACAGUCAUUGUGACAGGCGCAAACGGUGGUCUUGGAAAGGAGGCCGUGAAGCAUUUUGUCCGCUUGGGAGCGAGAGUCAUUGGAACCACACGAUCAGCGGAAAAGGGAACAGCUGUUCUUGCAGAGAUCAAUGCCGAGACAAAUCGGCCUGGACAGGUUUCAAUCUGGGACCUUGACUAUGGCAGUUAUUUAUCCGUUAGAAGAUUCUGUGAACGCGUCUCGUCAGAACUUGAGCGUCUGGAUGUGCUUAUCCUGAAUGCAGGAGUUGCGACGCGAGUAUUUGAGUUGUUCGAGGGUGACGAGAAAUCGGUCACCGUGAACGUUAUUAGCACAUUGCUGCUAGCAUUGUCUAUACUUCCAAAACUCCAGCAGACAGCUGAGAAGUACAACACGACCCCGUGUCUUACCGUGACGAGCUCCACGGUUCAUAAGUGGGCCAAAUUCCCUGAGCGCGACGCUGCAGAUAUAUUUGCUGCUCUCAGUGCGCCAAAUACAACCACCAUGCACGAGCGCUACUUUACCAGCAAGCUCCUCCAACUUCUCGCUAUUCGGGAGCUCACUUCACGUACGGCUCCCAGGUACCCGCUAGUCGUCGUCAGCCUUGUUAGUCCAGGGCUUAGUGACACCACUUUGUUCCGUGAAAAAACGGGUUUCGAAGCCAUUGUUCAACGUCCCUUAUUUUUCCUGUUUGCCUGGAAGCCAGAGAUGGGCUCUCGCACCAUAGUGAAUGCAGCGGUAGCUGGGCAAAAAUCUCACGGUGUAUUCAUUAAUAAAUGUGAGAUUGAAAAUAAGGCCAUUGCUCCCUGGAUCGAAACGGACGAGGGCAAAAGGAUACAGGAAAAGGUUUGGGCUGAACUUCAGAACAAACUGGAGGCGAUUCAACUAGGAGCUCUUACUAUGAUUUAA